AUGAAGAACAAAUUCGGCAACAAUAUUAAACUCGUAAAAAUUGAAUUAACUUCAUCUAAAGUUCGACAAGAUUUAUUAGAUGAUAAAAAAUUAACAAUUAAUUAUAUUAGCUAUGACAUCGACCAAUAUCUUGCACCAAUUAAUGUUUUAAUAUGUUCGAAAUAUUGUGGUCUAGGACAUUUUCGGAAACAAUGUCCAGAAUUAACAGAAACCUGCAGGACAUGUAGUCAAACAUUUCAAGAUCUAAAGGAUCACCAUUGUGUAUCAGACCCCAAAUGUAAACACUGUAAUGGUGAUCACACGUCAAAUUCAAUGAAAUGUCCAGUAGUGAAAUCUUUUCGUGCUGAACUAACAAGAAAAAUAUUGGCCAGCAAUAAUAACCGGCCUGCAUUUUCAUCAUCAUCAACAACAACGAACAACAAUUAUCAAUAUAAUCCUUCUGAUUUUCCACCUAUUACAUCGUCAUGGUCACCAGUAGAUAGUCCAAUGAUUUCAAAACUAAACGAUGUAAUUACUGGAUUAGCGCAGGUCAAUGUUACAUUAGGAAAACUUUGUGAAACAAACAGCAAAUUUGAACAAUUCAUGGUGGUUAAAAAUGCACACGAUAUGAAAAUAAUCGGUGAAAUUGAACACCUUAAAUCAAAUGAUAAAAAAUUCGAAACGGAUUUAGUAUUACUGAACACAAAAUCUCAUAAACAUGAUAAUCUAAUGAAACAAAAUGAGGAAAUUUUAAAACAAUUGUUACUACCAGUAUUAGAUGACAUUUUGAAAAUUAUUGGUGUUAUGAACAAGGACUACAGUGGACGACCAUUGGAUGCCGAUGUCAGAAGUAGAUUUGAACUUUACAGAGCACAAGUAGCAAAAGCAAGUGAAAGUAAAAUCUUUAAUUAA